GUGGUCUCGGAAAUGACAGCUUGGAUGGUGGUGCGGGAGCAGAUACUCUCAUUGGUGGUUUAGGAAAUGAUACUUACUUCGUUGACAACGUUGGUGAUGUCAUUACUGAGUUGGCUAAUGAAGGUACUGACCGAGUCUUUGCAAGUGUAAAUUAUACUUUGGCUGCAAAUAUCGAAAAUCUGAUCUUAUUUGGUACUGGCAACAUUAAUGGUACGGGUAAUGAUCUUGCAAAUAAUUUGCUAGGAAACUCUGGUAGUAACACUCUCAUCGGUGGUUUGGGUGAUGAUACUCUAGAUGGUGGUGCUGGAGCAGAUACUUUAGUUGGUGGACUCGGUAACGAUACCUACUUUGUUGAUCAUGUAGGUGAUGUGGUAACAGAGCUUGCUGGUGAAGGAACUGACCGAGUUUAUUCAAGUGUAAGUUAUACAUUAAACACGAAUGUUGAAAAUCUGAUUUUGAGUGGCACUUCAGCUAUCAAUGGAACAGGUAACGAUCUUGCAAAUACGCUACUAGGAAAUAGUGGUAGUAACGUUCUAGAUGGUAAAGCGGGUAAUGAUACUUAUACUGCAGGUGCAGGUUCUGAUACCGUUAUCUUCAAUCUAUUAUCAAAUAAUGCAACUGGGGGUAAUGAUUCAGACACUUGGACAGAUUUUGAAGUCGGAUUAAAUGCUGACAAGAUUGAUGUAAGUAGUUUGUUGAUUGGUUUUAAUGGCAGUGAAGAUUUGACAACGGUAGAUCAAUUCUUAUCUGUUGUGGAUACUGGUACUGAUAUAAAAAUUCUUCUAGAUCGAGAUGGUAGUGGAGGAAGUUAUAGUGACACUCUAUUAUUAACAUUGAAGAAUGUUGAUGUUAGUUUACAAGCAUUGUUAGAUAAUCAUCAGUUAUUACUAAAUAUGGCAUAA